AUUAAAGUGUAAGCUAAAUUUUGACAUUGACAACAACAAAAAUUAGCUAUUGAGGAAAAAUGGGAAACUCGCCAGUGAAACAACAUAUCGAUACAGCACAGAAAACUGGAGCUUGUCAACUCAGUAAACUCGGAAUUAAAGAGUUUCCUGAAGAUUUAUACCAACUAACUAAAAACUUGAGAACACUUGAUUUAUCUGAAAAUAAACUACAUGGACUGCCACAGCAAAUAGGAAAUUUCACUUCUCUAAAGAGUUUGAUACUAAAUAACAACAAAUUAGAAAAUCUACCAGCAGAAAUAGGAAAUUUAAAGAAACUUGAAACAUUAUCUGUAGAAAACAACCACAUAACAUCAGUACCUUCCUCUAUAAGUAAUCUGACCAAUCUGAGAACAGUAAACCUAUCUGGUAACCAUAUAACAGUGUUCCCUGCUGACCUUAGUAAACUUAGGCAGCUUGAUGCUUUAAAUCUGUCACGGAAUGGAAUUACAACCAUUCCAGAAAGCGUUUCAUCUUGUCAGGCUAUAGAAAUAAAUCUUAACCAAAACCAGGUAUCUGUUUUACCUGAAAGUGUUUCCAAAUGUCCACGAUUGAAAGUAUUACGGUUAGAAGAAAACUGUUUAGAAAUCUCAGCAUUUACACCGCAAAUUAUGAAACAUUCACAAAUAGCAUUGUUAGCUAUAGAGGGAAAUGUGUUUGAUUUUAAACAGUUUAACAAUCUAGAUGGUUAUGAGGAGUACAUGGAAAGAUUUACAGCAACAAAGAAAAAGUUCAACUGAUCAAACCUAAAAGCAGAACAGAUGUUCUAAAAUUCCAGUUGAUGACUGCCUGGAUCCCUGUCAUAAUCACAGACACAGUACUUAAGCAGACUUAAUUAACUGUGGUCAUAUGUACAAUACUAUACAACAUAGAUUUAUUUCGUCAUGUUCUAAUAUUUCUAUAUAAAGGUCAGGGUUAUUCCAUUAAAAUGAAUGUUAGAGGUAGAAAGGGAAUUUUUAGUUUUGGACAUGUGUCUUUGGUCAUUUAUGAAUGUUGUAUGUCCUUUCAUAAAUGCAAAAUUAUUCCAGAAAGUAUGUUUGUUGUAUGUGGAUUUUGGAAAUCCCUUCAUACUCUCAAAUUAAGAGAUAGCUGUAUUGUAUUUGAAGCUUUGUGGAAGCCCAUCGGUAGUUUUACUGUCGCAAAUAUCCAUUUACCUGUGUCCGUGUAUCUCUAUUCUAAUGCAAAAUAAACAAAUCAUUCAAUUUUAGUCAUUAUUUCAUUGCAAAUUUUAAUUAUACAAAAAUUUUGCGAAAUGAUGUUAUCUUCUUUGGCACCUAAACUAGGUGACGUCAUAGGUAUGUUUCCGGUGUCAAACGUAAACAGCGGGUGUUUUCUAGCUUAUUGUCCACCUCAGAAUGCAAUUAAAUUUGAUAAAGAGAAGAUUUCUUACAUUGUCUAAGUGCAAAAUGUGAGAUUUUUUGCUUAUCAUUGGAAAAAUUACAUGUCAAUACAUUCCAGCAUUCAAAAUGUCGGCUUCCUUAGUUACAGACAGGGAGAUAGAGAAUUUUACGCUGAUUGUCAUCCAAUCAGAACCAUUGGUACAAAAUAAUUGCACUAGAAUACUUUAUUGGAACAGCCAUUAGAGGAAUGGAUUGAUAUAGAACUGAAUUUACUUUGCAGUUAACUUAAAUUAUAUAUACAUAUUAUAGAUGUAUUUUAUUUUGUAUUGAGUUUUAAUAUAUGAAUUAAUUUAAAAUUAUGUCUGUGACAACAAAAAUAAUUGUGCAAUAUGUGCUAUAAGUGAAAUGAAUUUGUAAGAAUAUAGAAGGAAUAUCCUAUUACUGACAAAUAUAAGCUCUACCCCAUAUUUUUAAUUGUUAUGGAAUCCUUUGUACAAAAUUUUAUAAUUACACAGUGUUAUGUAAAAACCUGAUGAUUUGGUCUACAACUUUGUUGAAAUAGAGGCAGUCAGCUGUGUUGUUAGAUUAUAAACCUUUGUGUGAAUCACUGAUAAUGAAACAAGCAUUUACAGUCUGUUUAUAGCAUUAAGCGUUUAUAGUCUGUUUUUUUAUAAAAACUAGAGGUCUUUGAAUGUCCCUUUGGUAUCGUUCGCCUCUCUUUUAUAUUUCACAAAAAAUAUUACGACUAAAAUAGAUCCUAAUUAUACUGAAUUGUUCAUUUCCUACCAGAAUUUUUGUUGUAAGAUUACUUGUGAAACAGAAGCCUGGUUCUCAACUUUGUCAAAGGUGUGCAGUAAGUUAUGUUGCAAAAUUGUAAAGCUGUGUGUGUCGAUGAUAAUGCAUCAAGCAGUUAAGAAUAUGCUUGGUGAACAAGUAUCUAAAAAGAUUUUUAAAUCAUUAUCAUUGUAGGUUCAAUCUCUCUACUGUGACCUUUUAGGCAAGAAUCUUUGUUAUGCUGUUCAUUUUGUACACCAGUUCAGUGUCUGCAUGUAUGUAAUGGUAGAUUCCUCCGUUAUUCAGAGCACACAGUCUUUCUUAUUCUGCUCAAAAAACAAUUCACUGAUAUCGUGUUCAUUUGGCACACCAAUGCAUUGCAGGUCUGUGUCAAUAUCCAUGAAUUGAGGAUAAAUGUGUAUAUGAUGUAUGUGUUUUCCCUAGAUUAUUAAUGCUUAAUGAGGCCUCAUCUUUAAAAAAUUGAAAUUCCCUUCAACUAUGUAUUGUCCCCAUCCUAAAAAAUUCACGACCAUCAUCCCUUUAAUUAUAUGGGAACUCUUUUUUAGAUAAAUAAAAAACUUAACUUCUAAUUAAAAUCUUAUUUAUAUAGAAUACAUUUUUAUAAGCAGAGAUUGAAGUGUCAGUCCUUUCAUCUGCCUUGAGGCAUAUAUCUUUUGUGCAAGACCGAUGUGAAAGAACAUAUUGUUCAGGACUGACUUAAAUAUGUACAGAAAUCGUUUGUCUUAGGUAUGAUGUAAAAAAUAUGUAUUCAUCAUUAAAUAUAUGCUAUUUAGGCUGUGAUUUUAUUUUAUGUGAAAUAAUUAUUAAUAGUAAAAUAUUUAUAUAACUUAGUAAAUAUCAACGAGAGGCUCUAAAGAGCCAGUGUUGCUCACCUCUCUAUGUUCAUCUUCAACAAUGGCCACUCUCCAACAUUGUAGACUAGAAUAUAGUUCAAGACUUAAACCUUUUUUUGUGGAUCAUGUCUUGCUGAUUAUUUUUAUUGUUUACAGUUUCUCUCUUUUUUCUAUAACUUUGGCCCAAAAUGAGAAAAAGGUAAAAAUCAUCAAUUAAUGGCAAUUACUCCUGUAAAUAAUAUACUCAGACAAUUUUGGCUCUGUUGACCUAUAUGAAAUCUUGUCUUGCUGAUCAGUUUAUUUGUUUACAGUUUUUCUGUUUCCCCUUAAGUUUUCACCAAAAAAGCAAAAGUGAUAAAAAUCAUUAUUAAAACAUUAAAGGCAAUAACUCCCAUAAAGGGUUUGAGAGGAUAAAUUUCUGUAAAAAAUAACGCAGGACGACGACAGAUUAUGGACGCCGAAUGAUGAUAAAAUUGUUUUAAUUUUCUGUGAAAUACAUUAUUUAUCAUAUAUUAUAAAUAGCCCUAUGUUUUGCAUUGGAAUGUAAAAUAAGAACCAAGACAUCCAGUUUACUAAAUAAAGCAGUAUAAUUAAAACUGUACUAAACAUAAAAGUAUUUUCCUUCAAAUUUACUUAUUUUUAAUUGCAAUUUCAUAUUUAUUUUUUAAAAAUUUUUGUUGGCUUAGAAACUGAUUUGAUUUGUUUAAAAUUAUAUGUGCCAUUGUGCAUUUCUGAUUAUUUCAUUCUGUUGUGGGUUUUUUACAAUUAGUUGAGAGAGAAUAAUGUUAUGAAUAAUAUGUAAAAUAAUAAACUACCAGGGAUUGUGAAUAGACUAAACUUUAUUCCUUUUUUAUUGUGCUUUUAUUUAUUAUUGUUAUUUAUUAAUCAAAAACAGUUUUGGUUUGUUUUGACAUGCUUGAUGCCACCAUCAGGAUAUAUACAAUGAGAUUUUUCUUCCUGAGAUACUCAAUUCAGGUAACUCAAAUAUGAUGUAGUACCUUUGUCCGAGCAAAGCCUGGGGGAAUGGAAUGGAAUUGCAAGUAAAGUGUUAUUCAAUUCUGAAAAAAUGAAUUUUAACAUAAACUGUACAGUGUCAGACAAUAUCUUUUCAAACCUAUUAUUCAUUCUUUUUUUGCAAAUAUUUUACCCACACUCUUUAACAAAAUUUAUUAUCUAUAGAAACCAUUAUGAAUUAUGGCAUCAUAGUUGAGGUACUGUACCUGAAUUUAGUACCUCAGGAAGAAAAUCUUUAUUUUUAUCCUGGUGAUGGCUUCAAGCACACAGAAACAUUUCGAUAUAAAAUAGAUAAUAAUGGCGAUCCUAUGAAGUGUUAUGCCCUGAUUAUUCUUUAUUGUUUGUUUUUUUAUGUAUAAAAAAUAAUGUCAAAAAUAAAUAUAUAUAAAUAU